CCAGUUCACGGCAUGUUCGCUGUUCCAGCUCCGCCAACGUUUGACUUCGACCGGACGUCUGAAUGGCCUUCCUGGAUCCAACUAUUCGACGACUACCGCUUUGCCUCUGGCUUAAAUGAGCGAAGUGAAGAAGCGCAAGUCCGGACUCUACUCUACACAAUGGGCAAGCAAGCGAGAGAGAUCUUUUCGACCUUCGCACUAUCUGAACAACAGCAGAAGCAGUAUGAAGUCGUCAGAAAAAAGUUCGACGAUCACUUCGUGGCCGCACGGAACCUCGUUUACGAGAGCGCAUGUUUUCACCGACGCAUACAACAACCUGGAGAGUCAGUCGACCAAUUCAUCACCGCGUUGCACACACAGGCGGACCGGUGUGACUACAAGGAAAAGGAACGCAUGAUCCGCGACCGGUUUGUAGUCGGCCUCAGCGAUGCCAAGCUCUCGGAGUCUCUGCAAAUGGAUGCAAAUUUGACACUCGCCAGCGCUUUGGCAAAAGCUCGCUUGAAGGAGACCGUCCAACGACAGCAGCAACAGCUGCGAGAAACCAGCGACGAACCUUCGGCAGCGCCAGCCAGCAACCUGGACGCGAUCAACAAACAACGGCAGCCCCGGAAGAAUUCUUCAGGACAGCGUUCCGGCACCUCGUCAAGGACCACUGCACCUAUCACACAAGGUCAACGCACCAGACCACAGUCCUACCGACCUCUCACCCCCAGUUCAUGCCCCAACUGCGGUCAAGGAGAGCACCCGAGGACCUCCUGCCCGGCACGAGCUGCGAAAUGCAACUACUGCGGUUGUUCCGGACAUUUCGCAGUGGUGUGUCGGAAAAAGGCUGCAGGCGAGCGAAAGAAGGAAUACAAGUUGUUUGCUCGCAACUACGGUUUUCGCGCUGUGACGUCUAGCCCCAGGUACCCCCAGGCUAAUGGUGAAGUGGAGAGGAUGGUCCAGACAAUUAAAGGUCUCAUUACAAAAGCGAAGGACCCAUAUCUUUCUCUCCUAGCGUACAGGGACACUCCGGGGCUACUUGGGAAAAGCCCUGCAGAACUUCUAAUGGGCAGGCGGCUACGCACAACGGUGCCUGUCCGUCCCACCAGCCUUCGGCCUCAGACGGUGAACCUGAGGAAGUUCAGAAGCCAUGAUACGACUGCCCGACAGCGGCAGCGUAGGAACUUCAACCGUCGUCAUAGGGCUACUUCGUUGCGACCACUCGAACCGGGCGCGGAAGUCUGGGUGACGGACUGCAAAGCAAAAGCGCGAGUCUUGCGACUUGCUGAGCGGCCGAGGUCUUAUGUGGUUAGAACUUCCACUGGUGUAGUUCUAGAAAGAAACAGGAAAUCCUUGGUUCGCUUUGUUUCACAGCCAAAACAAGGUGAGGAUGACGGAGGUAGCUAUGAUUUUCCUCAGGCAAAUGAUAGUCGGGUAGAAACGGAACAGAAAUCUAAUCGCGUUACAGACAGCAUGGCACCUGACGAUCUAUCUAGCCCUUCCUUGCCGGGAACUGACCUUCCUGAAUACCGAACGCGAUCUGGUCGUCUUGUUCGACAGCCGGACCGCUACGGGUUCAGCAAUUGACUAUAUUGUUUCUUGCGCAUUGUUUGUUUCUGCAAAGUGUUCUUUCGCUGGCAGUGCUGCUAAGUUGGUUGCAACUGUCAGCGUAUUAUAAAGAAGGGGAGAUGUUGUGAUAGCGCCUAUGCGCGUCAAGUGUCCGCGUUAUCUGGCGCUGUCGCCCACAAUUGUGAAAUGUUGCUUGUACGUGACGUCAUUGGUCACAUGAGUGUCUGCUAUAUAUGUAUGCUGGUUGCAUGGAAUAAAGGUUGGACGUUAUCUCGCGCGCAUCGGAAGCGGCUCAGUCUCUUUCUCUGCUCCUGCGGCCAGCCCGGAU